UCUCCAUUCUCCAUUCCCCAUUUUCCAGUCUCCAUUGGCCGGGGAAGGUCGCGUCGCGCGUUCGUUUCCAGCGUUUCCAGCGUUUCCAGGAGCGUCUUCGCUCCGUCGCGACGCCGGUUUCAGUCGUGUAACGGGCUGCUGAUGGGAAUAAUCGUUAAAUUCAUAGGGAGGAUUGUGUUUGGUGGUCGCGGGGAUUUUGGAUUUCGAUCCGGAGUGGAUGGAAAUGCUUGGAAAAUACCUCCAGUAGUUUCGUCGAAAAUGAAGCAUAUCACGACAAUUCAUAUCAUCUACUAAACUGUAACCGUUUAUAAAAAAUUGCCAAAACUUUAAUACCAAAGGUAGAUAAUAUGAAAGUGAACAAUGGCUUCGGGAACUUCUCGCGCAGCAGUUCCGCCCGAACGGCGAAGAAAUCUUCAAUCCUAUCGAAGUCUUCUUACUCAUCGCCCAGUUCCUGCGGCACGCCGAGGAGCCCCACCGUGGGCUACCCCCGAGGUGAUGAAACUCCCAAAGCUCAGAAACAUUUCAUUAUCAAUAAAAGCGUUUCAGAACCGGCUUCGUCCGAUUUGCCCAAGUCGCCCAUAGCGGAGGAGAAGUCGCCGGGCUACCAGAGGAGCCCCAAGGGGCGGAAUUUGGGCCUGAAUUCGCCCAAAGUCUCAUUGAGCAGCCCCAGCCAGACUGAGACUGUGUUCGAUUUCGGCGAGGGCAAUUACAGGCCCGCCAAGUCGCCCAGAUCGCCCAGAUCGCCCAUGAAAUUCAGCUAUGAUGAUGAUUGUCGAGAUGCUCCCGGUUCAAGCGAUUGCAACACAUACAACUUCAACCUUGCAUCACCUCCAAAAAAAUCCAACCGCCAAAUGUACCAAUCCUCCAAAAGCGACUCGUUGAACAGCACCAAAUCCAGCCUGGAAUAUUCCUCCACGACCAAACACCCCACCGGAGCCUACCAAGACAUCGAAUACAAAAUAUGCCACUCCCUGGACUCCGACACCCAGACCACCUCCAGCUACAGGCAGUCCUCCACCAGCACCAGCUCCAGGCGCUCCUCCAUGAAGGAGAAGAGGACGCCCAGGUGCAACAUCCGAACCAAUCCCGGCUUCGAUGAUAGAUACUCCUCCAGCAAGUCCAUCAACGAGUACCAAGCCUCCUCCAAGUCCACCAAGAGGUGCCAGUGCAGGAAAUCCACCUCGGAUCUCACCGAUGUAACCGACGAAGCAGCCAACACCAUGACCACUUCGUUGAGCAGGCCCAGCUCCCCCAGGAGAAAAGGAUCGGUGAAGAGCGGCCUGGCUUAUUUGGCGUCGAGGAGGAGCUCUCGGGAUUCCAUCGCCUCUAACAUGUCCAACGUCUCCAACGAGGAUAUUGGGCCUUUGAACUUCCAGAAUACUGCGCGAGGGAGGCAGCGAAGGACCUCCAAUUUCCUGGAGCUACCCAUACCAGACCACAUCAGGCCGAGGGUGUGCUCGCUGCCGGAGAAACCCUACAACCCACGCGUCAGCGACGACCUGUACAGGCUGCGCACCUUCAGCAUCACCAACAAAGGCGGCGUGGUGAAUUGCGGCGAUUCCAUCAUCAACAGGAGGUCCAGGUCAAACACCAGCGUCAAUUCGACGGCCAGCAGAGCCAGCAACGUUUCGGGCGAAAAAUCCCCCUUCGAAGGGUCCUGUUGCGGAUCCGGCUAUCACACGGUGGAUUCCACCCCAUUGGGCUCCCCCGAAGAGCUCGAGGUGCCCAAAUACAGGGUGGUCAUGCUGGGGGAUGCGGGCGUAGGAAAAACUGCACUGGUCUCACAGUUCAUGACGUCGGAGUACAUGAACACCUACGAUGCCAGUUUGGAUGAUGAGUUCGGCGAACGAACGGUGUCGAUUUUAUUGGACGGGGAGGAAUCCGAGAUGAUUUUCAUCGAUCAUCCCGCCUCGGAAAUGUCCGUGGAGAACUCGUUGAGCACCUACGAACCCCACGCCUGCAUAAUAGUCUACUCGGUGGUGUCGAAAUCGAGCUUCAAUUUGGCCGAAGAAACGCUGAAUUACCUCUGGAGAGAGGGCUACACGCAGGACAAGAGCGUGAUAGUCGUCGGAAACAAAUCCGAUCUAGCUAGAGCUCGAGUAAUAUCACCAAACGAGGGUAAAGCGCUGGCGGUGGCGAGAGAUUGCAAAUUCAUCGAAACCUCCAGCGGGAUUCAGCACAACGUCGACGAGUUGUUGGUGGGGAUUUUGAAGCAAAUCCGCCUGAGGGAGUCGCGGGAGAAGAAGAAAUCUUCGUUGAAGAAGGAUAAUAGGAAUAAACUGCACAGCUCGAAGACCAGCCUGAGUUUGAACAUAGCUAGGGAGAUUUUGCAGAAGAUUUGCUUGAACGAUAUCAGCAAAUCGAAGUCGUGCGAAAAUUUGCAUGUUCUCUAAACUAAAUUCUCUAAAUUUAUGCUUGGAGGAACACCUCUUUUUGUAGGUCCAAUGAGGCUCAAUGUAGAUUGAGAUUUGUUGGAAAUGCAUCCGAAAUUACAGAGUACUUACCCCGGAUUUUUUCUUGGAGAAACACCUCUUUUUGUAGAUCCAAUGCGGCUCAAUGUAGAUCGAAAUACUUCUUUUUGGACUUGUUUGGUGUCUAAAAGGCCUAGAAAUAGAACAAGUUCGCUAUUAACAGGGUGAUAUAAAAGAAAUUUACUGUAAAUGAUGGAAGUAGUCGAAUUAAUCUGGUGUUUUGGGUAUAUCCUAUUAAAAUCGUAUUUUUCAAGCUUGAACAAAUAAGUAGCUUUAAAAGUGUCCUAGAUAAGAUGUUUUAAAAACGUAUUUUUCUAUCGAUCAGGAUUAUAUUCUAUCAACUGUACAUUUUGAUCUUGAACUUUAUAUUAUGUACCCCUAAGAAAUAUUAUCAUAGUAAGUUAGGAAGUUGUUCUACAUUAUUAUCUAAAUAGUAAGUUUCUUUAACUAGCUACAUUUCUAUUUCGCAAUAAAUUCUUUCGGUCUCUUUUCGAUGAAUCGUCUGUAGAAAAAUUGUAUAAAAAAAAGACAUAUCUUUUUCAAACGAACAAUUGAUUGAAUUUUCAUAUUUUGGGAUUAUCAUAAAAAUUGAUAAUUCGAUAGUAGUUGAGGCCUAAAUAUUUAUCAAAUAAUUCGUUGUACGUGAAUAAGCGUGUCAAUUUAAUCGGGUGUUUCACCUCAAACAUAUUUUUUUUGUUGAUAAAUAGACAUUGACCAGUCGCUUAAUUUGUUAAAGGCCAUUACAAUUAUAUUGAAAACUUCAAAAAAUCGUUUUUCUGUGAAACACCCGAUUGCAAAACUAGUUAGUAGAAAUAAACUCUGUUUUGUGUUAGUGUUCCUCAUAAUGUUUCAGAGACAUCAAAUUAUAUCAUAGUAGGUUUAUAUCUGAUGUCUCCAGCUAUUUCUAUCGCCCUGUACAUACUUUUUUUAGUUAGUAGAUCUUCGACUUUUCCUAAAGACUGUAUUCAAUUAGAGUUAUUAGUGAUUGAAUUUAAAUUAAGUAGUAAAUAGAGAGAUUCUUUUUUAUUUAAAAUAUGACAAUCAACUUUAAGUUUAGUAGAUUUCAAUGGUUUCCUAAAAAUCUGACUGUGUAUACCUACUUAUAUUUGUACUUAUAAAAUCCUUAAAUGUAUAUUACUGUCUAAUAAAG